CAAGAUUAAUUAGGUAAGUCUCUAUCACUCAAGAGUCUCUCAGUAUUGUGUGUAUUGCUCACAAUCGUGGCGACCCGACAUAAUCAUCAGAGGAAAUAACGAAUAAGAAUGCAGUCGAAGCUUGUCUCCGUGUUGUUAUUUAUGACGUCAUUAGCUGGCGCAACGUACGCUCUUGACUGUGUUUCUUUCAAUAGAGGCGAUGAAGUAUUAAAGCUCGUGCGUUUUCGCAUGAUGGACCGCAACACCAAUCGCCAGCUGUACUCCCUCCCGCUCAGCGGUCACAGUGGCAUCUAUGUGUACCUAGACGUGGACGUGAAAGACAGGCUUCCGUCGGACGCGACUUUUAGUCUGUCUCUAAGUUUCCCCAGGGCCUGGGCGGACAUGGGCUUCCUUGGUCACCAUGCAAUUUCUAUCAACUGUCAGUCACUUGUCCCAAAACCUCUCCCGUCAUGUUCUUACAGUAAACUCGAUUGUUCCCAGAUGGAGAAGUUCCUGACAGGCAGCUCUUUCGAUUGUCCUCUCGCCCCAGGACAGUACCGUAAUCUUCUCGGCAGGGAUCACAUUUUCCCUGUUCCAAACCUCUGGACACAGGUCCCAGCUUUUGCGCGUCCUUUUGUGAAAAGAGCUGGGGGUACUGGAAAACUGGUGAUCUCAUCGGGCGGUAGGCCCAUCGCCUGUGUUGAGGCAAGUGUCGUCUUCCAUCGCUGAAUUCCAGCUGUACAAGAACUAGUGUCAAUCCGGGCUGCAUAUACACAGUAUAUGACAGUGCGGACUAUAUUCAAAGGACUUUAAAUGUAAUAACUCUGGGUUCAUAGAGUAAUAAAACUAGUUGAAAUAACGAA